UGUUGAAAGGCAGUUGUGUACUUUGAAGGCCAUGGCAUCGGAACCGCGCCAGCCGACGCGACCGUCGUUCUCGCGCCAGCCGACGCGGUCGUCGUUCUCAGGCCAACCAACAACGCGGUCGUCGUUCUCACGGUCUCUCUCGGGGAUGCUCGUCAAGUCCGUCUCGGGCGCCCUCGCACCGACCAAGUGGCUCGCCAAGCCGUUUGAAGCGACCGAGGAAUUCUCAGGCGAUGAGACGAUCCAAGCACUCAAAGAGUGCUUGCAGUGCCCGAUUUUGUGCUUUUGCCUCUUGAAACACGUGCUCUCGACCAUCUUCUUUUGUGUCAUGUCCAUCUCGCUCCUAACACUCACACCCAACGAAGCCGCAACCCUUCAGAUUUACUCCCCGUCAGCCACGACGGUCUACGAUCUUGUCUCUGCUGUGGGCCACGGCUACGCCAUCGUCGAGCUUAUCUAUCAGUACCUCUGGCGCUUGGAACCUAAAACACAAGCGCGGCCACGUUCAGGGCUGUGGCGCCAGUGCCUCAACCGCAUUCAACAGUCGCGCACCGCGACAUGCUGGUGCCAACUGCUCGAGAUCAGUGCGCAGUCGUACCAAGCGUGGAGCCUCUCGUACAUGGUGUCGUCGAUGCCGGUCGUCGCCCUCUACACCGCGUGCAUUGCGCUCAACGCGAUUCUCUCGCCAUGGCUGCUGUGUUCUCGCAUCGCCUAUGUCCACAGGACCCUCCGUCUCUUCAUCAACGGCGUCUUUGGGUUUACGCUCAAUACUGGAUUUCCCCUCAUCGAGCUCGUGCCCCGGCUUCUCAAGCGGCGUUUGACGCCCCGGGCGCACAUCUCGCAGCUCCGAAACGACCCGCUCUGGAUCACAACGAUCGUGCUGUACACGCGCGGCUUCAACGCGACGACCGGCGUUGGCCUCAUCGUCAAGAUUGUGAGCACCUUGCUCAAUUUCUGGACGCUCCGACUUUUAGUGUCGUCCAUCUGGGGAAACCCAAAGCGCAAGCCGGUGUCGUUCAAGCUGGGUCCACGCUUGAGUCAGGUUAUUCCAUCACCAGGAAUCGGGCCUCCCGAGCAGGAGGUGUCGCUGCGACGCAACUCUCGCAUCGUAUCGCUCGCCCAGCUGCCGCAGGCGCGGUACUGGAAUUUUCGCAUCUCGGGCACUUCCAAGGUGCUCUGCACCAUCAUGGGAGCCUGGGGAGCGCUGCUUUUCGCGGCUACGGGCCUCUUGAUUGCACAGCCGCCGAGUGCUUUGUGUCCGUCCGACUGUCUCCUUCACGUGACGCCGCUCUUUCACCUCUCGUGCGACUGCGUCUACUACCGACACGUGUGUGAGAAGAACGCGAGUUCAAACCUCACCGCGUUGAUGUCGCCGUCGCGGCUCGGGGACGACCUCUUUUUCUUGGAAAUUGUCCACUGCGCACUCCCCAACGGUCUUCCCCCGGCACUCUUGCUACCAUUCGAGUCGCUUUUGGCCGUGCGUAUUUUGCACUCGAACAUGACAGCCUACGAUGUUUCAGCGCGCUUCCUCCCGACAUCCCUCGUGUAUUUGGAGAUUCGGUACUCGCAGCUCACGCAGGUCCCCGCCAUCGUUGCUACGGCGCUACCCCCCAACUUAAUGUACCUCGCUCUCGACGGCAACGCUAUCAAGCAUGUCCCAAGAGAAACGCUGGCGGCGUGGCGCCCGCUGACGUCCUUGCACAUGUCCGAGACGAACAUUGCAGACGAGGUGUUUUCUGGUGUCGUCGAGGUGCUGCCGCAGCUCACGGAGCUGUCACUGCACCACACGGCCGUCACCACGAUCCCCAUGCGGCUGUUUGAUCUGCCGCUGCUCACCCAUGUCUUUCUCUCGUCGACAGCCAUUUCGGCGCUUCGAAUCCCAUCGAACGCGUCAAGUCCGCUGCUGCUCCUCGAUGUGUCGUGCACGGCGGUUGUCCCCCACGGACUCUGGCCUGCGUACGUUGUCCAAGGCCGCAAUGCGACGUACUGCACCUCCCCGAUGCGUGCAAAAGAGUGCUCGCCGGCCUUGUUAAACAACUAUUUGUGUGACGUGCCGUGCGCCACCAUCGAGUUGAAAGGCGACGACGGCGCCUGCGCUCCGUAUUUCGAGGUGGCGUAG